CAGAAAGUGCGAGCUGCGUCACAACGCGCGCGCACCGAGCACGGCAGAGAGACACGCGAGGAGUCAGCAGGAGCUUUUGCACUAGCGUCCGAUUAGUGUUGCUAGCUGUUUCUUUUUUUUGUGUGUGUUGUGUGUGUGUGUUUUUGCGAGUGUAUCGAGCAAGCAGCAGAUCCGUCCCCGAGGCUGUCCCUUGUAAAGAGAAAAAAAAAAAGUUCACAAUUUUGGUGAAAGCUGAUCCCGAUAUGCAGCCAUCAACCGCUAAGUGGUACGACAGACGGGACUCUGUCUUUAUUGAAUUCUGCGUAGAAGACAGCAAAGACGUUGACGUGAAAUAUGACAAAUCAACACUUAAAUUCAGUUGUGUAGGUGGAGUUGAUGGCAUCAAAUAUCAUAAUGAAGUAGAACUAUUUGAGGCCGUUGACCCAAAUGAGUCAAAACACAAACGUACAGACAGGUCGGUGUACUGCUGUCUACGAAAAGCAGAAUCUGGCAAGUCAUGGCCGAGGUUAACAAAAGACAAAGCAAAGUUUAAUUGGCUCAGUGUUGACUUCAAUAACUGGAAAGACUGGGAAGAUGACUCAGAUGAAGAGCUGUCCAGCUAUGAUCGAUUCUCAGAGAUGAUGAACAACAUGGGAGGGGAGGAUGAUCUGCCUGACAUGGAUGGUGCAGAUGAUGAAGAAUCUGCAGAUAGCGAUGAUGAAAAGAUGCCAGAUCUUGAGUGAAGCUGCAAAGGAAAUGCUGUGGCAGAAAACAAGGAUCAUUGCUUAGCUGUUAUUUGGCGAAAAAUUAAACAAGGUAGUUUUGGGGGGUGAACAUUUAAUUAAAAACACAGAUCAACAAACACACAACAAAAUGCCUAAUUUGAAGCUGUUUUCCAGGCUCUGAGUGUCCCACCAGAGCAUACCAUUGUGUUAAUGGCCGUCUUCGAGUCAUCAACACUGCGUUCUUUACCUUUUUAUUCUGCAUGGACAAUUAAAAGUUCUCCAUGAUGUUUCGUGAAUUCAAGUUAUCGUCCGUUUACUCAGCAGUGGCCGUGGGAGAGGAUGGUGCAGAGUUUGUUCACCUCCCCCCUCCCCAGUGUCAGUGAGGAUCCAUUAUAUAGCAUAUGCACAUUGUAAUUCCCAGUGAUUAGAAAAUGACUCCCCCCAAUUUACAUUAGACCCCAUUACCCAAUUCCUGGUUCACAGUAAACCUUAUUUCAGUUUUUAUGUUAAUUCGUCUGUUUGUGAGUGUGUUUGGGAGUGAAGCAAGCAUUUUUCACAGAUAUGUACAAAUACUAGCCAAACGAUUUACUGGGUUGAUCUACAUCUACAUUCAGAGUUGAAGUUGCCUGUUCUGUUUCACUGGGAAACACGUUUUUUUGUUUUGUUUUUUUUUUGGCACUCUAGGAAAAAUUUCUUUUUCCAUGAAAUAGAUUGAUGUGUAACUCAGAUUUGUUCAAAGUACAUAGUCCUGUCUGUACACAUGGCUUUCCCCCAAAUGAUUUCAAGUUAGUAAUCCUUUGUCACACUUGAACGUGUAGCAAGCAUUUGAGCACUGAUAUCUUCCAUUUAUGUGAAGUGAUAUAUAAUGUAAGCUUCACCGCUGUACAGAACAAAAGGGUAACUUAUCAAUAGCUGACCAAAUUGUGAUUGCACUCCUAAUCAAUGCAAGUGUGACUAAAAAUGUCGAGGAACUUAAGUUUGUUAAACGCAGUGGGGUUUUGUCUACAUAUUUCUAAUAAACUCUGUCUAAACAAUUUUCACAUGUGUUGAGUUAACCCAUGUAAGUCAGUCUCUUGUUCACUUUUAUUGGCAUUUUUGAUCCAGUGCAGCUUAAAGGUGAGGAUAAAUCUCACUAUCUGGCAGCUGUCAAUUAAAGGAAAGAUCUACCCUCAA